GCGCUUCUCGUUGCUAGGCGGGGGUGGGAGGCCCAUUCGGCUGGCUGCGGGGUAAGAUGGCGGAGGGGGUGCUGAGCCCCGGGGUGAACCUGGAGGCCUUCUCCCAGGCUAUCGCCGCCAUCCAGGCGCUGCGCUCCAGCGUCACCCGGGUAUUUGACUGCCUGAAGGACGGGAUGCGGAACAAGGAGACGCUGGAGGGCCGCGAGAAGAGCUUCGUCGCCUGCUUCCAGGAGAGCCUGCACUCGGUCAGCCGGGACUUGAGUGAGCUGGAACGUCUGAGCAAUCUAGUAGGCAAACCAUCUGAGAACCAUCCUCUCCAUAAUAGUGGAUUGUUGAGCCUAGAUCCUGUACAGGACAAAACUCCUCUCUACAGUCAACUACUUCAGGCCUAUAAAUGGUCAAACAAGUUGCAGUACCAUGCAGGGUUAGCGUCUGGCCUUUUGAAUCAACAGUCUUUGAAACGUUCUGCCAACCAGAUGGGAGUAUCUGCAAAACGGAGACCAAAAGCCCAACCUACAACUCUUGUUUUACCACCUCAGUAUGUUGAUGAUGUGAUCAGCCGCAUUGAUAGGAUGUUCCCUGAAAUGUCUAUCCAUUUAUCCAGGCCAAAUGGAACCUCUGCAAUGCUUCUGGUUACCUUAGGAAAAGUGCUAAAAGUGAUAGUGGUGAUGCGGAGUCUCUUCAUUGACCGGACAAUAGUAAAAGGAUAUAAUGAAAAUGUCUACACUGAAGAUGGCAAGGUUGACAUAUGGUCCAAAUCCAACUAUCAGGUUUUUCAGAAGGUGACAGAUCAUGCAACCACUGCUUUAUUGCAUUACCAGCUGCCCCAGAUGCCAGAUGUGGUGGUCAGAUCCUUCAUGACCUGGUUAAGAAGUUACAUAAAGCUGUUCCAGGCUCCAUGCCAGCGCUGUGGAAAGUUUUUGCAGGAUGGCCUUCCACCUACGUGGAGAGAUUUCCGAACACUUGAGGCUUUUCAUGACACUUGCAGGCAGUAGUAGCAUGACCGAGUCACUGUCUUGCAAGAAGGCAAGCGAAUGGGACUUAUGGACAGAACAGGCCUUCAGAUGAGCUCUGAAGAAUGCUGAUGGUUCAUUAGUCGAUUCCCUUUCUGAACGUUAAUAUGCACCAUUCCCUCCUUUAGUGAAGUUUUCUUACUGAGUAGUAAAGCAGCACUAUGAAUUUGGCCAUUAAAAAAGAAGUCUCUGUCCAAGGUACUAAUGAGACUUUUAUUUUAUUUUAUUUUAUUUUUACUUCAAUUAAUGCACAAGGGAAGAGGUGGGGAAAAGCUACUGUUACAGGCACAUCAUACGUGGUCAUAUUGGGGUGUUCGUGCUGAAGUCCAUUCUCUGGGAACUGUCAGUUGUAGUCAUUGUCAUGAAUAACUGGUAUUUUAAUGAGAAUAUCCAUAUACAAUGUACAUUUUGCUACAGAAUUCACAAUGGGGGCAAACUUAUUUUUGUGAACUAUAAAUAACUUUGUAUUAAAGUAUGUGUCAUUUA